GCGAGCAUAAAGUGCCACACGGUUAGCCAUCGAUUCGACGCUCGUCUAAAAGGAUUGUAGCUGGUGAUCCCCGAAAGACGACAGACACUCGACGGAGGUAUCUCUGACUCCAGGAACAUCGUAGACAGUCGAAGGUGGGGCCGAUUCCACGAAUCGGUCGGACGCAGUUUCCCAACCCUGGACAUCGUGGUCGACAUCGAUUUCUACGCUCGACUCGGUCCAAGUGUCCGAGAGGAAGAAGAACGGAGGGUCUGAAGAAAGCCAGAGAAAGCUGUCUUUGGCCCCAGUCAUGCAGAACUAUGGACACGAAGAUUACGAUUAUGGGGUUGCCGAGUCGCAACAGGGGACCGGUAGGGCGCUGCCACAGGUACCAGGUGCUAGACCCAUGGUGGAUCCCCAUGCUCAAGGAGAGGUCGAUCCGAACUUGUAUCCUCAACCGAAAGAGGCAACGCACAAGAUUCGUGGCAAGAGCGACGUGAUCGAGUACCUUUUCGGGUCUGUGGACCAGGAGUUGCUCACGGUGAAGACUUUCUAUUUCUUCUUCUACAUCAGACCUCUCAUCGAGUUCCUCAGCGCGCCUUUCUGGGGUUCGUUAGCUGACAGAUGGCAGAAGGGAAAGAUGAUCUUCAUAGCCUCCCUCUCUUGUUGGAUCAUCUUCACCCUGCCACUAGCUUUCAUGCAACCACCAGCCACGUCGUGCAUGGUUGUACGAAACAGCACGGUGUACCUGGAAGCGCCCAACCCGAAAACGAGAAUAGUCAAGCGGUCCACCAGUCUCGAGGAUUUUUAUCACCAGAACGACGAGGAGUGUUUAGAGAUUGCCGACAACGUCGUUUUCGAGAGACUACGCAAAGACAGCAAGCUGGAUCCACUGAUUGCUCCCAGGUUGCACAGGAACAAGGGCCCGCCGGUGAAAAACGUCCAGAAAAAUUACAGCCUCGAUAACAACAGGGUUCGUAGGAACACCGAAGAAGUAGCGACAACGACCGAAGAGAGUCCGGUAGAGGAUCUCAAGUACAAGCAGUUGGUAUUCGAGGAGAACAACCCUGAAGCCAAGACCAUCGAUUUUGAGACUCUACAAAGGAAAAACCGUCCAGCCGAUGUGCUCGAGUACAAGCGUUUCCUCAACAAUCAACCCCUGGACGACGAAAAGCCGCCGAAAAAGGCGUACACGAAUACUAAAACCAGGGUGAAAUCACCGCCGACCAAAGUCAUGGUGAAACGAGACAUCGACGACGAAGCCAACGAUGAAAAUAAGUCUGAAUUCAAACCUCAACAGCAGUGGUCUACGAUGAGAAGUCUACGAAAGGUGUCUUUAUUGCACGACGAAAAGGACGAUGAGCUACAUCGACACGCCGAGGUCGAGCAGCACGUCGAGGUGCCGGUGGUUAGGACCAAACGCUAUGUCAGAAUACAUCACUCUGGUCAGAGUCCUCACACCGUUGUCUACGCUGUGAACUACGACGAACGAGAAAAUAAAGGAUGGGUGAAACCCCUCUUCAGCUCUAUUGUCUACAGAUUACCGGAUAUCCAAAAAACCUUCUUCCUUCUGUUACUCUUGGUGGUAGUCGGAGAAUUCUUCUCGGCGCCUGCGAUCACUCUAGCUGAUUCCGCAGUCAUCACUUUACUAGGAGAGGACGCGGAUAGGUACGGUCACCAGCGAAUGUUCGGUAGCUUAGGCUGGGGUCUGGCCAUGUUCUUCGUCGGCAUUGCCCUGGACCACAGCACCGCGUUCUCCGAACACCCUUGCGGCCCAGACAUCAGGGAGAAGAACUACACGAUCUGCUUCGCGAUCUUCAGCGUUCUCAUGGGCGCCGCCCUGAUCACUGCCACGCAGAUCAACUUCAAAUACGACUUCCCGGUCGCGGAACCGGAAAUAGAGAAACCCCCUGCCGAACCGACGAGAGAGGAACAGCUGCAAAGCCAGCUGUCUCAACAGCUGAAUUUGCCCAGUCUCCAGGACUCGUCGGCCGCGGUGAAUCCGAAGCCACAACCUCCGGAAGGCAAGACAAAAAUGUUCGCUCAAACGAUAAGGGAGAUCCCCGAAUGGGUGACCGUGCUGAAGCAAUUCCAAGACCUCAAAUGCGCAUCCUUCCUCUUCGUAGCGUGGUUCAUGGGUUUCGGUAUCGGUCUGAUAUUCACCUUCCUGUUCUGGCAUCUUCAGGACUAUGGUGGCACGCCGACCCUCUUUGGCGUUGCUUCCGUGAUCAACCAUAUUUCCGAGAUAUUCGCUUACUUCUUCAGCUUUAAACUGAUCCGUCAGAUCGGCCACGUGAAGGUACUGUGCAUGGGACUGGGCGGGAACGUUCUCCGUUUCCUUUAUAUAUCUUGGCUGAAAUCGCCGUGGUGGGUGUUGCCAUUCGAAUUCAUCCAGGGAAUAACCCACGCAGCUGUUUGGGCCGCGUGUUGCAGCUACAUCUCUCACAACACGCCUCCUCAGCUGCGCACCAGCGCGCAGGGUGUUCUCCAAGGUAUCCAUCAUGGUCUUGGCAGGGGAUGCGGAGCUGUGAUCGGUGGCAUGUUCGUUGACGCAUACGGAACAACCGCGACAUUCCGAGCCUACGGACUGAUCUGCAUCCUCGUCCUGGCCGCGUUCGUGUUCAUCAAUUUCUACAGGAAGGACACAGGCUUCGUCUCCGAGCUGCCGCAGACGGAAGAUCCGCAUCAAGUGGCGGAAGCGACCCACUUGGCACCGCACGGUGUGCCGAGCAACGCCAUUCCUCGUGCCCUCAGCUCGACCCGGCUGCACGAGCUGGCUAAUCAGGACUCGAGCUACGGCGCCACUUACCAAACUUCGGGCGGAAACCUUGGCGUGCCAGGUGCAAAUGGAGGCCCAGUGAACCCGACGAAUCCAUUUCUGAACAGUGGAGGCGGCGGUGGAGGUGGAUAUAAUUACGGUAUGACUGGCAAUGGCGAGGACGAGUAUAUCCGUAGGAGCUUCCAGCUCUACAAUGAGGUGAUCAACAGAGAAUUCGAUCUGAUUAAGCCACCGCCGAUAGUGACCCAUCUACACGCUCAACAACCAUGCACCAACCCCUUCCAUCAGCACGACUACGAAUGGUAACAGUCCUGGACGUCCGGUCCCACUUAAGGUGAUCAGGAUGCUCAUGGAACGCUGGUCGAUAACCGGCUCGUUCUCGGGAGAAUCAAGAACGGAAGGCCAGCUUCGACGAGCUAGGCAAAAAGAAUUUUUACACGGUUAGCAGAAUCGACGGAAGCCUCGUGGUGCCCCCUUGGAGCAGUAUCGUUCGUUAGAUGCAUAUCGGAGCGCCUGGUAGCGUGAACGGAAACCGUAACCUCGAUAAAUCGAUCGCGAUGUUGGGAAAGGAAUAGCAAAUCGUAGGUAAAAGAGAAGGUAGAGAGAUUCUUUCGGACACCGGAGAUCGAAUUAUUAAGCUCGAAGAAGACUGUGCAGCAUAAAAUUGACCGUGAGACUGAUCGCUAAAGCGACGAUUCAAAAGUGCCUGCUCCUCGAGAUAUUGUUGUUUACGGGUAAAAAUUAACGGAACCAUCGGUUUCGUAACGAUAACGUAGUCGGCGAAUUGCGAAAUCAUUUUACGUGGAAACCGCGUAAUCGGUGAGGAUCGAUCACGCUCGUCGGGGGCACCAAAGGGCAAGCUUCGACCAGAUGGGAUUGACGUCCGCGAAAAAGCACGAGACGAAGCUCCUACAGUGCGCAAGAGGUCGAGUUUUUCGAAAAUUAUGCGCGAAUCGAAGGAAAGCCAUCCGAUAGGAAUAUUUUGUUAGGGUGUAACACGGAAGUCUCGUGACACGUGGUCGUUUCAUGCGAAAUCGAUUUUUAACGAUAUUUUGGCACGCUCGGGAUGCGAGCGAGGAUACUAAAGCGUAACACGCAGACUAUCCCGUGUGUUUACACGCAUGAAACCACGAUGUACAGCAAACAGACGGUGUCUUUUGUGAUUUAAAUCUGUCUACGUAAUAUACAUACCUGACACGUGUAGCACGGCACAACACGAUCUGCGGGGUCGCUUCAACGAAAACUAUACUAUUCAAGGACUUGUAUUCCACGGUAAAGUUCGAGUUACGUUUCUUUCAUCGGUUGCCAAUUUACGAAUCGACGUGGAACGGAUCUUUUCCAAACUCGUACCCGUCUAGUCGCGGGGUCGGGACUUGACUUGCACGAUCUGUAGGGAUCGGUCGAGGGUAGCCACAGCUAUUUAGGGUGCUCGAUGAAACUCGAAUCAUACCGUGUCUUCGAAUGCAGGCAGUUCGAUGUAACUAUUACGUGUAUCUUGACGUGCAAAUCGCGUUACUCUGCUUCUCUCGUUACGUUGCGAUUCUGGCCAAUGUCGCGUAUCUCGCAUUCUCCAACGAAAAUCGCCACGGGAAUCGCUAGAGAUCAUUGUAAAUACUGUACUUCUGUCUCUCCCGUGUGGGUAUUACGGGAAGCUCCAUGGAUUCUUUUCUCUUUCAACCGUUACUUUACGUUUUUAGGCUGAAACGUUGCUCGUUGCGUGUUGUAUCUGUAAAACGUUCACACGUAUUGUAAUUACCAUAGUCUAUCGAGUAGCUGAUCAGGUACCGUUUUAUUAUGUAAGCAAGAACACGUUUUUCCGUGAUAGGUGUACGAUAUUGUUGAUAAUGGGAAAUGAUUAAACGAGUCCGUGAUAAAGACACAAGCGUGGGUCGGUCUUUAUUGCCGGAAGCUCGUACUGUGCAGAGCCCAGGAGUUUGCACCCAGGAUGCACAGGGCAAGAGGUGUAACUGUAUCGUCUACUCUCACCUUCCACGCAUUCGAGAACGACGGAGCAAUCGUACGAUUUUCGCGUUCAUGCAGGGGGCACAAUACUUGUACUUGACGGUCAGCCAGGCGAGGGAAUCCUACUGUACUAAAUACACUGUAUUAAUAUUUUCGUUUACCUUCCAUAAAAUGGAACAUAUUUACAGAAUGUGAGAUAUAAAUAUGGAAAAAGAAAAAAAAAUAAAUAGAAGAAAUUACCCGAUAUCGAUACUCUGACUAUGAUUCAUCCGUCAGUGAGAUUACCAGUUUGUAAAAUCAGCAAGACCAAGAGGUAGAAUUACGAAUACCCGUUUACGCUAAACUCACGUAUAAUUAGCGUGAUCGUGGUGGGAACGAGUACUAAAUAUAACUUCGAUCCGAGUGUAAUUUUAAUAAGAAAACGCUGUUAGCUGAAACGAACCUUUCAGUGGUAUUUAAAUAUAGUUACGUUAGAAAAGUUUUACAUAGUUACGAAUAAUAAUUUAUCGUAAAGUUGCGAAUGUAUUAUGUUAA